CUACGUCAUAGUGACCUUUGACAUGAGUAAAUAACUGGCAAGAUGUCUGCGCCCUGAAGCGUUCACGGACUCGGAAUGUUGACAAAGAAAUGUAAAGCCUCGGGCUAUGCGUGACUUGUUGACAAUAGCGGCGGGGUAAAUAUGAUUUAUUUGAUGCGCCUAAUGGAUGUAGCACGUUGUUGUUUUUGACUACAGGUACCCUUUAAUUGAAAUGUAUUUAUUGGCACAGUAACGAACAGGAUCCACAAGGUGGCAGUAAUGCAACAGAUCGGCUUCCGGCUGCCGAAAAACACAAACGAAGAAGAGGAAGUCUUCUCGGCAGCCAAUCAGCUGCUGCGUCGGAGCCGCUUUUCGGGAGGACACUCACCUUAAAACGUCUCAUUUGAGAUGGAAAGAUGAUAUAAAACUUGUUUCAGAGCUCGAAAGCUGAAGGAAUGGAAGACAUGUAACCGAGCGUUGUGGGUUCGUGUGUGAGCUGCACCAACAACAUGUGAAUACACGUGAGAUCACGUCGUCCACGGCUUCCCUCUUUUCUAUGUUCCCUCAAGCCGUGACUUUUCCUCUCUACGGUAACCCCGAAGGGACAUAUCACCUCCAACCCAACGCAGGCGACAGUCGGUUCCAGGACGUUUAACGGGUUUAACAAAGGUCUCUGUCCAACUCUAGAUAGUUAUGUAAACGCUCAUUGAAAUAGUUUUGUAACGUCUCUUUCGGGCAUUUCCGGAACCUCCGCACGAACAAAGCCGAGUGGCUUUCCCACAGCCGGUCGGGCGUCACGUGUGCGCGGCUUCGCCCCCUGAUUGGCUCGGCCAGCAGCGUCACUUUAAAGCGCCGAGGCUCGCGCUGCGUUGCUAUUGGCCGGCUGCGUUCUGGCGCCAGUAUUUCAAUAAGAGAGGCUCGCGGACAACAGAAGCCGCUUCAGUCCGCGCGCCUCCUCCUCGUGCCCGCUGCUCUUCGUCUGCUCCGGUUUUAAACUCUUCUUUAGUAACUUAUCUUUUAUUCUCCACGAUGCUUUCUGCUCGCGCUCCUCUCUCAGCGAAGCACGAGCCGUCCCUCCGCGGGCAGAUGGACAACAUGGCGCUGGACAAGGAGAACACGCCGCCGAGUCUCAACACGAGCCGCAUCUUGGCGUCUAAAACCGCGCGAAAGAUCUUCGGCGACGUUCCGAAGACGAGCGGUGAGGAAGAGGAGCCGCUCCUGAAGAACAACCCUCAGCGCUUCGUCAUCUUCCCCAUCAAGUACCACGACAUCUGGCAGAUGUACAAGAAGGCCGAGGCCUCCUUCUGGACCGCAGAGGAGGUGGAUCUGUCCAAGGACCUGCAGCACUGGGAGUCUCUGAAGGACGAGGAGCGCUUCUUCAUCUCUCACGUGUUGGCCUUCUUUGCUGCCAGCGACGGCAUCGUCAACGAGAACCUGGUGGAGCGCUUCAUACAGGAAGUGCAGGUGACGGAGGCCAGGUGUUUCUACGGGUUCCAGAUCGCCAUGGAGAACAUCCACUCUGAGAUGUACAGCCUCCUCAUCAACACCUACAUCAGGGAGCCCCAAGAGAGAGAAUACCUGUUCAACGCCAUCGAGACGCUGCCGUGUGUGAAGAAGAAGGCCGACUGGGCCAUCCGCUGGAUCGGAGACAAGGGCGCCAACUUCGGAGAGCGCGUGGUGGCCUUCGCUGCCGUGGAGGGAAUCUUCUUCUCUGGCUCCUUUGCCUCCAUCUUCUGGCUGAAGAAGAGAGGCCUGAUGCCCGGCCUGACCUUCUCCAACGAGCUCAUCAGCCGAGACGAGGGUCUCCACUGUGACUUUGCGUGCCUGAUGUUCAAACAUCUGGUGAACAAGCCUUCGGCGGAGAAAGUCACCAAGAUCAUCCAGAACGCCGUGGCCAUCGAGCAGGAGUUCCUGACGGAGGCUCUGCCGGUGAAGCUGAUCGGGAUGAACGGUGAUCUGAUGAAGCGGUACAUCGAGUUCGUGGCCGACCGGCUGCUGCUGGAGCUGGGCUUGGCCAAGGUCUACCGGGCCGAGAACCCCUUUGACUUCAUGGAGAACAUCUCUCUGGAGGGGAAGACCAACUUCUUCGAGAAGCGCGUGGGAGAGUACCAGAGGAUGGGCGUGAUGUCGGGAGCCUCGGACAACACCUUCAGGCUGGACGCCGACUUCUGAGGGCGGGGGCACUCAAUGCACUCUAAACUCAACCCAGUGGUGCCGUUGCAUGCUGGGUCGGCUCUCAAAGACAUUUGUAAAUAAUCGAUCGUUUCUGAUUAAAAUGUAUUUAUUGGUACUUUUAGGUCGUGUCAAAUAUGUAUAUACCGGUUUUUAUUUGGUUUUGUAAUAAAGUUCUUGUUAGGUUUUAGAGCAUGUGUUUUCAAUUUGUAUUAAAGAAUGUAAGCCCUAUGAAUUAUUAGAAGAUUAAUAAUUACAAUCAUAUUAUUGCUGUGUUUAUUCUAUACCGGUCGCCCUGAGAGCAAAAGGUUCCAGGGUCACAUUGGGUUGAUGAGCAGACAGGAACAAGGGUUUGUUUCAUGUUUUGCCAUAUACCCACCGACGCCUCACACAGGAAGAGACCCCAUCUGUGUUGUGUAAAUGACUUGCUUCAAUAAAAGGACUGUCGGGGGGGAACUGAGCCAGUGUUUUGGGUGAGUGAAGGCACAGCUCAGCUCUCUCCUUGGACAAGUAAAACUACGA